AUGGAAGCAGGCUCUCGAAAAUGCUUGAAAAUCUUUGCUGCUGUCACUGGUAUUUUCUUCAUUGUCACCAUAGUUGUUCUAGUCGUUCUAUUCGUCACAAUUUUAAAACCGAAAGAUCCUUCGGUUUUCACCGAGCCAGUAAGCCUAGAGGGAUUUGAGUUAGUAGGUUUCCCAGUUAUAAAGUUAAAUAUAUCGAUAAGAAUAUUGGUCACGGUGAAAAAUCCAAAUUAUGGAGGCUUCAAGUAUGAGAAUAGUACGGCUUAUAUCAGCUACCAUGGGAAUGUUGUCGCCGAAGCUCCGAUCAAGGACGACACAGUUCCGGCUCGUUCGACUCACAACAUGACCACUGUUUUGAGUAUUUUGGCUGACAAAUUGGUAACUGAUUCGCAUUUCUUGGGUGACAUGGUCGUUGGAGUGCUGAAUUUUACUUCAGAAACUACCCUGCACGGCAAGGUGAACUUGUGGAAGAUCUUUAAGAUGAAGGCAGCCAGUUAUACCGAUUGCAACAUUUCUAUCACUAUUGGAACCCAGAGUGCCGACUCCGUUUGCAAAUCUAGGGUAAAGCUGGAUAAGUAA